UCACGAAGGACGUGUAUGUGACGUCACCUGCAGCAGAAAAAGCGUAGCAGGAGUCAGAGUGAGUCAGUGCUGCUAAGCAGCUUACGAGAGAGGUUCAGCGCGCUAUAACGGCAGUCUUUAGCUACGAUGACCGGUGGAAGCUUCUUCCGAGUAGUUACACUGCUGUUGGUGUUGGUACUAGGAACCCUCGCCUCGAAGAUACUGGUAGUGGUCCCAACCCCAUCUCACAGUCAUCAGACGCAGUUCCGCAUCUUAACGAAUGCUUUACUUGCAAAGGGCCACGAGGUCACUUUAUUUACUGCAAGGCCUCUCAAGACUUCCCAGGAAAACCUAACAGAGGUUGACAUAUCUCAAACCACCAAACUGAAAAAUGACUUCGUGGGUUUGGCUGACAAGUCACCUGAGGAAACUCUUCCGGAUCUCCGAGAUGUGGGAUACGCGAGGGCUCACUUCCAACUGAAUGAGCCAGCUGUACGGGAUUUCAUCAGGAGAAACCACACGUUCGACCUGGUGAUCUUCGAGCGGAUGCCCUACCAAGCCUACUACGGACUGUUCCACAGGGUCGGCUCACCUCCUCUGGUCGGCUUUGUCACAUUCUCUGCUCUUGCACCCGCGUACUAUACCUUGGGAAAUGCCAUGAACCCAGCUUACCUGCCCGAGAUCUGGGUCGGCCUCUCUGAUCACAUGACCUUCUGGCAGCGCUUGUACAACACCUACUUCUACCUGAGGUUAUACCACACGUGGUUCUACCAAGUGCUCCCGAAACAGGAGUCUCUCAUGAGAGAAGUCUUCGGAACUGAACCACCUUCGAUUUACGAAACUGAGCGCAACUACAGUUUACUCAUAGUCGGCAACCAUUUCUCGCUGGAGUACCCCCGACCGCAGCUGCCGAAUGUUAUAGAGAUUACUGGAAUCCACGUAUCGACCAAGAUCGAGAAGUUACCGAAAAAUAUCCAAGAUUUCUUAGACGGAGCGGAGCAUGGCGUCGUCUACUGCAGCCUUGGUUCCAACGUCCGAAGCAAGGAUCUUCCGUUGGAGAAGAUUCAGGCCCUCGUGGAGGCGUUCAGAGAACUGCCGCAGCGCGUCAUCUGGAAAUGGGAGAACGACUCCCUGCCUUCACAGCCGGAUAACGUCAUGGUCGGCAAAUGGCUGCCGCAGCAGUCCAUACUGGAUCACCCGAACGUUCGCCUCUUCAUAUCGCAGGGAGGACUCCAGAGUAUGAAUGAGGCGACGUACCACGCCGUUCCGCUGCUGGUCAUUCCCUUCUUCGGUGAUCAGCCGCACACCGCGGCCAAGGUCGCCCAGGCGCAGAUCGGGGCCAGAUUACUGUUCAGGGACCUCACCAAGGACUCCCUCAUACGUUCCAUACGUACCGUCCUGGGGGAUACGAAAUACGCAGAAAACAUGAAGAGACUUUCGGCCGUGUUCCGCGAGCACAGGGCGGACUCCCUGGAGCGCGCCGUGUGGUGGGUGGAGUACGUGAUCCGCCACAGGGGAGCCCCUCACCUGCGCAGCGCCGCCCUCGACCUGCACUGGUGGCAGCUGAUGCUGCUCGACGUCAUCGCCUUCCUGCUGGCGGUCGCCGGACUCACACUCUGCCUCGUCUACUUCGCCACGCUGCGGGUAGUCUCCUUCUUCAGAGGCAGCAAACAAAAGCAGAAGCAGAAGAAACAGUGAUGCACUGAAAAUGCAUUGCAGACAGUUCUAAUUAUCUGAACCUGGGCCUCGAACAUUUAUCUCCAUAUCCUCACAGAUACGUUGGUUCCAUGUGGAAUCGCCAUUUCUGUGGAGUGGUAUGAUUCUCGUUCCACCAUUGGAACGACACUAUCGGAGUUACGAUGAAAUGUAUCAAAACUGCAACUCAACUAUCUCGUGAUUGCAACCCGGCAGCGGUUGUAAGUCGUGUCCAGUUGUGCUCGUCCAUCGCUUCGACACACAGUGAUGGUAAAUUCGGUGUAACAAAACUAUACCGACAGACUUGGAAAGCAUUGUGGAGAGUGUCUUCAGGAACAUAAAUACAUUUAUCCAUGUCAUGAAACAUCCUCUAUCAUCGCUGAACGUUGACGGACCACAAACUCAGUUUUUAGUAGUUGUUUUCGGUGCAUUCGCUACGUCAGAUGGCUUCGAAUGCGUCCACUGCUAACGUAAUAACGCUGUGAGGACGGCGAAACGCCAUGGCGACCCUUCAGUGUAGAAUGGUUGACCUGGCAGCCGGCAGUGGCCGUUGUGUGUCAAACCCCUGUAGCGCUGUCGGUCUCGUCCCCUGACAUGGGCUUCUGAUACUCAAUUUGUUCCUUAAGGAAUCUUCCACUCUCUUUCAAUAUUCGUCAAUAUCCUUUUUCUUAUAGUCUUUAUACAGAAGUGGAUUGUAUUGGAUAAACAAAUUUUAUAAUUUAGGUAUUGAAAGUUUCGAAUGCAAAAUAAACUGCAAACAAACAAAAAAUGUACCUGCAAAAUAAAAAGGUAUAUAUAGAACCAUUUUAAAAGAUAUUACUGUACUUAGGAAUCUAUGUAUCAGUACUAUUGCAAUAUUCACUCAUUUUUAUAAGCUACAGUGUUUUGUAUGAUCAUCUUAUGAUUUUGAAUUUGUACUUCCGAAAUCAAAUACGAAAGUAUUGUUGUAACUCUCUC